CUAUUCUUCGCGAUUGCCCCGAACAAAGCACGGGUCACAUAAACAAUAGGGGUGGCCACGCGGAUCGUGGCGUCCUCUCGCGAACAAUGCGGGCACCAACCUGAAUGUAAAAGAUGCAACAGGUGUGGGGGGUCGAAAUGCUGGGAAAAAACGAGGCACAGAUGCCAUAAACAAGGGGCGAAACACGGGCUCCGAACUCCGAGCCGCAAAUGCCUGCUCAGUUCCAGAAAGGAUUCCGCCGCAGUCCAGUGGCCAUGUGAGACAGCCGGAGGUUUGUCCUGUGUUGGACGCUACCGCCAUGGGUCGCCGCCUGAACCUGUCCCACCUGAGCCAGGAGGAGUGCGACCGCAUCCUGGCCGUCAUCCAGCGGGACUUGGAACUCCGGGCAAGGGAAAAGGAGCGGCUCGGGAGGCUGGAGGAGGAGCUGAGCUGCCAGGCCAAGGGCAAGGCCCAGCGGGAGGAGGCCAGCAGGGAGGGGGGAAGGAGCUGCUCCCUGUGUUCGGCGGCCUUCAACCUGCUCUUCAACCGCAAGCUGGUCUGCCGGGAGUGCGGACUCUGCGUGUGCCGGGACUGUGCCGCCUACGACUCCCGGGACCGGGCCUGGUACUGCCGCCUGUGCGACCAACAGAGGAGCCUGCGGGCCCAGUCUUGCGAAUGGUUCUACGACAAUGUCAAGGUCAAGUUCAACCAUUUUGGCAGCACCAAGGUCCUCCUUUCCCUCUACGGCCCUAAGAAUGAAGCCAAGGCAACGGACGACCUUGAAGCGACGGAGCAGGAACAGCUGGACGUCCAGCAGCACGUUGAGACGGUCAUCGAGGGUCUCGUGGGAGAGUCAUUGGACUCGGCGUCCGUGAGCCGACUUUACAAGCACCCCCUGUACGAGAAGUUCCUUUCCGACCACCAGGAGCUUUUGCGGGAAGGUGUGGCUCAGUUCACGCGGGCCCUCCUCAUUGCCCUCCAAGGUAAGCCCUUCGAAGCCGACCUGACGCCCACAAGCACCCACGCCCGAGUCAAGGAACUGGUGUACAGCAUAUGCAAGGAGGCGGACUCCCUGCCCUGCCUACGGGACGAUGGAACAUCGACGGAUCAGAAGAACUCCUCGGGCUUCUCGGACAUGUCGGAAAGCGACGACGGCGACGACGUUUUUUGCGACACCUACGAGGAUCUACUUGUCAUGGCCGUCAUGAACAAGGUUGUGGAGAUGGCGCAGCGGAAGUACGAAGUCAAAGGCGGAGCCGACGACGCUGGCAAGGUCUGCGAACCGGACAUCAUAAGGACAGCCAAGAAAGAGUUGAUGGAUGUCGGCUGCCAGUCGGACAUACCCCUGUCUGAUUCCGGCCAAGAGGAAGAGGAGUUUACGGCCGAAGAAACGGAAUCCGACGAGUUUCUCUGGGCUCGCGUCGCCAAGCAGGACCCCUUCAAAUACAUUAUCGAAGAGAAGAUUGAGGAGGAGAUCACGGAAGCCUACACGGAAUCCGAGGACGAGCGCAACCGCAACGCCCUCUCGGACGCCGAGGAGUGCAGUGGUUCGGGCGUGGACGUUCCUUUCACCCUGGACCCCUCACGCGAGCACAGGGUUCCGUUCCCGGAGAUGGGUGUGGACAUUGUGAGCCCCCAUGCCCUCAAUUCUGAGGGGGAGGAGGAAGAAAAGGAAGAGGACUGCCCCCCCGGGGGUGUCUGGACCUCCGCGGUGGUGGUCUGGGAGGACAACUGGCUGUUCCGGCAGAAGAAGCGCAGCGCCGCCCUGGGAGCCUUCCGGGGGGGACGCUACGCUGCCUACUACGACCCCAUCAACAUGGUCAUUCCCAACCCGGCCUCCGACUACGACAGGGUGCGACUGGGCAGCAGGGAUCUUGACGAGUUGUCCGAAAUGUCCGAAAAACUCUCGGUGGGGUCGCUGGAGUUGUCCAGCGCGUCGGACUCCGAAGAGGAGGAGGAGGAGGAGAAGACGGCUGCUGCCGCAGCAACCGGGGCCACCAACGGCACGGCAGCUCCCCCUACCGAGAAACCCGUCAAGAGGACCAGUUCCUCAAGCGUUAUGGAAGUGCCGACUCGCUGGCGCUUUUCCGGACCGCCCUCCGUCGAAACGGACUGCAACGGGAUUCCUAAGCCGAAGCCUCGUCGUGCGGUGGCGCAGAAGCCGCCGGAACCUUCGACGGAUGCCAAGAGGGGCAGCUCUAAACCGAAGCAGACUCGGUCGGCGCCGAAGAGAGAGCCCGUGUCGGCCGCCAAGAUCGUCCUGAAGCAGCUCCGGGUCCCUGACUACGCCGCUCCCGACGCCAGGAGGCAGUCCAAGGAUCCGUCCCUGCGGUUCGUCUCUCGGCCGGAAGCCAAGACGAGCCUGCACGCUGGCAAGACCGCCAAGUUUGUCUGCGAGAUCACGUCUCCCAAAUUGUUAGGAGUGGCGUGGUUUCGUGGCAGAGAGCGCCUCGUCCCGAACGAACGUUGCCGAACGACCCGACUCCGCGGCAGGGAGUACGUCCUCGAAAUCUACGACGCGAACAAGGGCGACGAGGGGACGUACUCUGCUGUGGCGUACUCUGACAGGGACGAAGUCUGGUGCGAUUUCGCUCUGGCCGUGCGAGCCACCAGCCGAGCCAGCAACGCCCCCGACUUCACGGUGGCCCCUCACGUGGUGGAGCCCCUGGGCGAGCCGUGCGUGCAGCUGUCGUGCACGGUGAGCGGCUACCCCGAGCCCCGAGUCUGGUUCCUCAGGGACGACCUCCCCCUCCCAGACGGCGAGGAGGACCGCUUCUCCCUGGAGAAUAAGGGCUAUGGGGAGUGGUGCCUCAGGAUUGAGAGCCCAUCAUCAGAGGACGAGGCCGAGUAUGUUGCUGUGGCCAGCAACAGCCUGGGGCAGAAGCUGAGCAGGGUUACCUUUCGUCUGGCUGACCUAAAGGUGAGGCCCGAUGCAAAACCUGUUGCCAAGGUGACGGAGCGGAGAUCAAAGCCACAGGCCGAAACCUCAAGAAGGGCAGUGAAUGCGGAGACUGAAGGAAGGCCGCAACGCUUCAGGCCUCUGGUCAUUCAGCGCACGUGGGCUGAACGGCAGGCGUUGCAGCCACCGCACUGGGCAUGCAAGCCGGCAAGCACGGAUGGCUCUUUGGUGUACGACGAGACAUCUUCCUUCAAGAGCGUUGACGAGAAGACUGAGCCCAUUCCGUCUAUGGAAGUCCUCAACGCUCCCCCGAAACCAGGGUCCAUUGCGGAGCGGGAGCACGCCAAGUGGCUCAACGCGGUUCCGCUGCGGAACAACCCGUACAGCACAGAGAACCUGGCCAAGCGCGCCAGCCAGAGCAGGCGGGAGUCCCUGGCGACGACCAAGGCGUCCUCCUUCGAAGGCGCCGCCGACGAGGAGGGCGAAGACGACGCGUUCUCGCCGCCCCCGCUCCCGUCGUCGUACCUCCGUGACUACUAUGUCAACAACCCCAGGCUGGUAGCCAAGGCAGAGACCCCUUUGGCGCGCAAGACACCGCCGGCCGUCGACGCCCCCGUAGCGGAGGGCAGGGACCUGGAGGAGACGCUGCACUCCUUCGAGGAACAGGUGUACUCGAGCACAAGAAAGGCCUUUGCUCCGACGGCGCACCAGCGCUCCUUCAGUCCUCUAGCCACGAGCUCACCCCAACUGGUCGCUCCAGAAUCAACGUCCUGCCGCGCGAGUCCCGGCGGCGCAAUGUCCCCGGAGAACCGCAACGGUUUGGGGAAGCUGCGCGCGAGCUCGGACGCCGAAGACGACGGCAGCGGUGGCUGCGAGGGCGACCCGCGGAGUCCGUCUCUGCCCUCGGUGCGAGAGUUGGUGCUCAAGUUUGCCAGCCAGUCCGGGCAGUCCGCCCCGGACGGGUCGUCCUCCUCCAACCUGGAGUGCAGCCUCCACAGUCCGGGGCAGGAGUUCCAGAGUGCCUUUCCAGACAAGAAGGUGAUCCUGGAAGAGAAGGGGCUCAACGGGCAGGAGGCUUCCUCUGGCAAGGACCGCCUGGCCCCACCCAAGCCCCAGGAGCCCUGGUCAAUCAAAAAGGGGCCCGCCGAGCCUUCCGAAAGGCCACAGGUGCACAGCCUGACGGCGCGUAGCCUGCCCCGGGAGUUCCGGGAACACGCCCAGAGGAACUUGGUUCCGCGGCAGAUGAACCGGACGGUCGUGGCGUCCCCGCCCUCGCCGACAUCUGCCCCCAACGCGGCCGCGUGCGAACAGCUCUUCCAGCAGACGCCACAGCAGCACCAGCAGGCCGGCACGGACGCAGUGGGUGGCGACCUGACCCCUGGCUACGCCUCGGACGAGAGUUCGACCAGCUCGUCCUUGGGAGGGGGUGGCGUCAUAGCCACCGCCAGGUCCCCCUCGGGUGGCGGCAAGCGACGCUCCAAGGCCGGCUCGGCACGCGGCAUCUUGCAGCGCACCUCUUACUGGGAACGCCGGGUGGAGCAGGGGCUGCUGUCGGACAGCUCGGUCACCGAAGAGUUUCCGCCACUGCAUCAGAGUCGGCCCGCCAACACAACCAACGGCGCAAAGUCAUAGGGCAUCGGAACGCCGACGUUUCGCCAACAUUUUGCCGGCGUUGUGUCGAUAUUUCGUCUGUGUUUUACUUGCGUGAAACGGGUGUUUGUUGUCGGAGAAUGUUGACUGCUAGCUUCAUUGCCCGACAAAUGGUUUCGUUGUGCCGCUUCGUUUUGUUUACUGGGGUCGAUUGCCGACGUAGAACGUGCAUUUCUUCCUACGAGCCGGGCACGUGUGAUUUACACGAACGCAGGAUGGGGCGUUAUAAUAGUACAAUAGGAGGGGCCCGACAUUUCCCCCGUUAUGUAUUUGGAAGCCACACAGUUGGCCGUGUCUGAGGCAUUUAACUCUGACCCAGCUUGUACACGUACGAAUGCAUGUUAUUUGCGUGCCUGAUCUAUCUCGUUUUAUUUUAUGCAAAGCAACUAUGGUCCAUACUUGCAGCUUGACCAGAACUCUACCUUGCGUCGGCAAUGUGGUUGAGUUCCGAUGCUACUCGAGCAAUGUCAUACAUAAUCCAGUUCGUUAGGUCAGUCUCGAUGGCUUAGCUUGAUUAUAACCACUCCGGUUCGGAUUUUCAGAUGUUUGACCGAGCCUGGAUUAAGCCUCAUCUGGAUUAUCUAGCACACCGUAGCUCGGCUUUCUAUGUAUGAUAAUCAAACGAGGCUGAAUGUCGCUCAUAGAAAUAGGGACAAGCUCUGUUUCAGUGUUGACCACUUGCACAGUUGUUCUCUAGUUUCACGUUUUUAAGUUUGUUGCAUAGGCUGUUCAUGUUUUCAUUCUAAAUGUGCUGCUGAUGUUCCUGUGGUGGGACACUGUUGUGGAAGUACUUUGACAGCUAUUGAGGCAGCGAGCCAAGCAUUUUUGCAAUGCCACUAACGUCGGCCGAUGUGCCUUAUUGUAGCUCGUCGGAGGUUUUAAGUCUGAUGUUCAUUUUCGAGCAUCUUUGACAUGAGCAAAGCAGUUUCGGAGUUCGAGGACCAAUGAGCAUAAGAAAACCUCUUGUCGAUGCAAAACCGUGCCUUUACGAAAUCGACUGCUGCAUUUACUUCAUUUUCUUGUCUCUUUGGAAGCAAGAUAAUAGGCAUAGCGACUCUACCGCCGUUGCUGUUGUUUGCACCUCCAAAUGCCAGAUUGUUUGGUCAUGCAUUUAAUAGUGGAAACUCUACAGUGGUCAGAGAUUGCCAAGCUCUGGGUUAUGUUUGUGAAUUAUAGAUUGCGACAUGUGCCUAAGGUUUCUUCUACCAUCUUUUGUCGAUGACAAGGAACCUAUAGGUCUCAUUUGCCUCAGUGCCAAAAAUCGUGGGUGGACAAGAUGGCAAAGACUGUUGCCUUCUUGAUGCUGUCAAGCUACCAGCACAUUAACCGACAACUUUUAUUCUGCCACAAUUUAAACAUCUCUUUGCUUAGUCCGGUAAUGCAGGAUUUGGUGCCCUUGCAUCCUCUUGUCGACUCUUCUUUUCAUAAUUAUUAUUACGCCACGAUGAUUACCAUCGAUGAUUCAACAUCUCGAUGACCCUUGCCUGCCUGUAUGUCUGUUUGCACCUCAGGAAGGUACAAUAGUAUUUUUCUUAUAUAUAUAUUAUAUAUACACAUCUAUCUAGGUUGUAAAGAAAACUAUAUUAGUCGCAUCGUUACCAUAGAAACUAACAAAGGAUUCAGGAACUUUUUUUUCUGUUCUAAUUUUUCUUGUUAGAGGAUCAUGUAUGCACAUUUUUUUUUUUUUUUAUGGAUAUGUGUUUUAUGCACAUAGCUAGUCAGGGUUUAUGUGGAGUGACCUAAAGAGGCCCUGCUUAGACUGCAGAAAGUCAAGAAGCAUUCCAGUGCAUCUGCUAGCACUCGCACGGGGAGUGCGUUCUUCCCGUGAAGGUAUUUCGGGACCUCGUUCUUCCCGCUUUGUGAUUCCUCCGUCGUUCUAAGGUAUUAUUUGGAGAUGUCCGAAAGGCGAUUCAAACUGAAUCGCCUACUGCCAGCUCGCACGGUGCACUCACACGGUGCAAGGGGAGACUAGACACCAUGGUCUGCCUUUUUACCGUGGGAGUCUCGGGUGAUCACACGCUACUCGAGCCUUGCUUUGCACGUCCCUAGUGUCGCACCUAGGAUGCUUCGAAGCGGCAAAUGGUGCGCGAACGUUUCCGCAGCAUUACUGCGUUCAACAACGGGAGGGUCGUAGUAUUCUUCUUCCUUACCUUCUGUAGCUUUCAGUGCUAUACCCGGCUUCAAGAUAAGUGGGGCUGGCCCCUUCCAUAAAGCAUUCCAUUCUUGCUUCUAGAGCAGAGCAAAUGCCGGAGAGGAGGCUCGUCUCUCGCCCUGUCUCCAGCGUUAGUUGGAAGAGUGGAGGAAUAUGCGAGAAAAGCUUGUGCCGCCCAACUUAACCUGCAGCAUUUUUUUUUUUUCUCUUACGAUGAGAGAGAUCUGCUCUCAAGAACCCUCCGUGACAAAGUGCCUAAGGUGACAGUGCCUACAUCGAAGGAGUUUAUCCGAAACUAAACCAAACAGCGUGUUUUCUUUGCAUAGUGCACGCACACCCAGUGAGGGGAAUUUUUCUUCCGUAGUUAAGUGCGGAAGUGCCGUAAUCUGGGCAAAGUAUUCUUUUAGUCGCGAGUUGCGAUUUGGGCAGCCGCGCGGUUUGGUGUUUUCGAGUGCAUUUCGACUUGCGUGUCCGACCGGAACCGUAAGAGUUAUUCAGCCGGUCUGUUUUUUCUUACGCCGCAGCUGUUCCGUCCGAGACGAAAAUUGAUUUUUUCUUCCUCGUAGGAUCGCACUUACUUGAGUGCAUAGAACAACCCAGUGGCUCUGUUGGAGCGUAGCGAAUGUGACGAGGCAAGGACUUCUCUACGAAGUGCCACAGUGUACAGGUUUUGUAUGUCCACACAACAUUCGGUUCCAGCGUAACUGUAAAUAACCCUCGCACAUUGUGCAUUGUGCAGUAAUAAAGACAUUGCUGUAAUCUU